AUGGAAAAGCCUGCUGUCUUGAUUGUCGGUGGUCUUGGCUUCAUCGGCCGCCAUCUGGCACUAUACCUCCACGAAAACGACUUGGCCUCCGAGGUACGAUUGGUCGACAAAGUCCUGCCCCAGUUGGCUUGGCUAGCCCCAGAGUUUGCAGAGGCCUGUUCCAAGGACAAGUUCGUCCAAGCCGAUGCCAGUCGUGAGCAACAUUUCCCGCGCAUUUUCGACCGAGCCAAUGGAAAACAAUUCGACUACGUGAUCAACUGCGGCGGCGAAUCAAGGCACUCCCAACCAGAUGAUGUCUACGAAGUGCGCAGCUACGCAUUAUCUAUCGCACUGGGCAAGGAGAUCGCCCGCCGUGGCAUCCCCGCCUUCAUCGAAACCUCCACCGCCCACGUUUACAAGGGCGGCUCUACACCGCGCAAGGAAACCGAUAAGCUCGUCCCAUGGCACAAACUCGCCGACUGGAAAUUGAAGGCGGCUGAGGAACUGCGCAAGAUCCCCGGCCUGCAGUACUGCGCCAUGCGCCUGCCGCACGUCUACGGCGCCUACGAGACAGGCUACUUCGCCACAGGUAUCUGCCUGUCGGCCGUGCACGUCGACCUCCAACAGGACCUCACGCUCCUACACACCAAGGACCUGAAGGUAAACACGCUGCACGUCAAGGACGCCGCCAGCGCGCUGUUCGAGGCGGCCAAGUGGCUCGCCCGCGUGGGCCCCAUUGACCCGCAGGAAGGUCCAGUCGCGUUCAAUGUCGUCGACCACAACAAUACACGACAGGAGCACGUUGCCAACGCGCUGACUGAGGUCUUCGGUCUGAAGGUUACGUUCGUUGGAUCGCUUGCUUCGCAGCUUGCCAAGCUGAACCUCGACGAUGUCGUCGAUGAUAUGAAUGAGGAUAGUCUGCAGACUUGGGCUGAGCUCGUUGAAAAGGCGGGCAUUACACGGCCGGGCCCGAUCAGUCCGUUCCUGGAGCGCGAUAUCCUCAAGGACCAGGAUAUGUCGAUUGAUGGUUCGAAAUUCGAGGCUGAGACUGACUGGAGACCGAAAUAUCCCAACUUUGGCGCCGACAGUAUUCGCGAAAUCGUCGACAGCUACAAGCGUAUGGGUUGGUGGCCAUGA